AUGAUUGUACGAGGGUUUUUUGAACAAUUGGAUCUCAAGUUGACAACCACUACUAUUAUUACAUAUCCAAAUUGGGUUUUGCCGUUCGAUCUCAUGUGUGAUGAAAGUGAUGUAGCAGUUGGGCCUAUUUUGGGGCAACAUAUCAUCAAAGUUUUCCAUACGGUCUACUAUGCUAGUAAGACAAUGAAUAGUGCCCAAGUCGAUUAUACCAUUACGGAGAAGGAGAUCCUUGUUAUUGUGUUUACUAUUGAGAAGUUUCACCCAUACUUGAUGGGUGCAAAAGUUAUUUUCCACACGGAUCUUGCGGAACUUUGCUAUCUUAUGAGCAAAAAGAAAUCUGAAGAUCGCUUGAUGGGAUGGAUACUUUUGUUGAAAGAGUUUGAUAUUGACAUCCAAGACAAUAAUGGAAAUCUGAAGUGCGCUGCAGUGAACUUGUUAGAUAUUGAGAUGAUGGCUGAAGCUACAAUGGUGCGAUUAAGAGGAAGAGGAGAGUCAUCUAAAGGAAGAUUUCCAAAUAUAGUGAAGGAACGAUCCCUUACUCAUGAAAGGGAAUUCCUCAUCAAGGAUUUAGACAUAUACAAUCCAGCAGUCUUGGAGCAAUUUACAAAUAGGAAGGGGUGGAUACAGUUUACAGAGAAGCUGCUAGAUAUCAAGGAACACCUUGUCCGAAAAUUCUACACCAACACGAAACAUAUUGUUAAAGGGACAAAGGUCACUAAAGUAAGCAACCUUAAAAUAAAGUUUGAUCAACACACCCUAAACACCUACCUCGAACUUGAAGAUGUGGAUCCGAAAGAGUAUUUGGCCAAGUUGGCUGAGAAGGAGGAGUCUGAUGAGCCGGUAGUAGUAGCUCCAGGUCCCUCUGAGAUCCCUUCCACUUCAACUGAGCCUUCCACCAGUGCUAUAGUUGUUGUUCCUAAGCCACCGUCAUCCCCUCCUUCAUUGCUUACACCAGCUCUAAGGCUAGUUUCUUCGCCUACGGUCCCACUAUCUGCUUUACGAGUUUCUCAGACGUUGGCAGCUCUCGCAGAGGAUGAUUACACUAUUCUUUUAGUUGAAUUGCCUCAGACUAAUGCUGCUAUUGAUACCAUGAUUACUGAGGACACUUAG